AAUGAUUAAAAGGUUUCCAGUAUCGAAACAGAAUCCAUCCAGUUUUGUUAACAUCCCAAAGUAACACCAAAAGCCACAUUUUAGACCUUAGUUUGUCUUUAUUUACCUUCUCAUUGUCGCUGUUUUAUUUUGUUGAGUUUCUCGUUUCCUUGUUGCCAUUAUUUUUCAGCCAUUUCUGUCUUCCUCUCAAAACGACAGCCAAUCAAAACUCUCAACUGUGAGAGCGAUUAUCUGUGAUUAAAGUCAACCAGUUUCAUCUUGUUGGUUCAUCACCAUCAACCUCACCAUCGCCAGUUGGUUGCCUCCAUCGUUGUCCUCAUAUUCAAUUAUUUACUUGCAUUUUGCUAACACCAUUUCCCAUAAAACUCGCAUUUUCUGUCCAUUAUUAACUAUCAUUGAAACUUUGACCAAAUCCAAUCCUCGACCAUGUCAUCAAUCCCAUGUGCUACUUACAGUGCCUCAAAGGUUCAUGAGUAUGUUAGGAAAGACCAAAAAGGAGGAAAGAAACACUCCAUGAAAGAUAUAAACAACUCUGGUUCUUUUACUUUAUUUGCAGACACCCAGGAUGAACCGCAAUAUCACUAUAACCACAAAUUAAUGAACAGUAUUUGGGGUUUGUACAACCAAUAUGCGCCUGAAGCUUUCCAAAAGAACCAAGAAGUUUAUAUGAGUUACUCUUCGGUCCCGGGAAUGACCAGAAAUCUUCUGGUACCCGGGACAUUCCACUGAGGUGAUGUUUCCAUUGGUAAUAUCCAGUUUAUGGUUGAUCACACUCUUCACUUUCCUUUUCGAUUCAAUUUCCUGGUCGAUUUUUUUCAAUUAGUUAGUUAAAUAACGUCUAUCUAAAAUAGAUGUAAAUCAUCUUUGUGAUUACUUUAGCUUUAAUAAAAUAUAUCGUUUCAGAAACAAA